CGUUACUCGUAUAGCUGUUUUGUUGUCCUUCUUUGGUAUUAUCCCGAUAAUUGGAACAACAUUGAGCAUUUUUGUUUUGUCCGUAUAAAUCGGCAAUUAGACAUGACAUGAAAUAGAGCACUGACAUAUGUUAUGAAGAAAAAUACCCGACAUGAAUUGACACAAUUGGUCAUAGAUUUCAAGUUUAACUCCCACAUCUCCAUAGGACGAGAGUUCGAAUACCCCUGUAUCUAGUAGCAUUUCAGUUGGUGCCUCCCCUUCUUAAGGAGAUCCUCUGACGCUCCUAUCUAAGAGUGAGACUCUGCUAGCCUCCCCAACAUGCCUUCCCCGGUAGUUGGAGGUGUCAUCUCUCUAUUCUACCAUUUUUAUCAAAAGAAAAUAAUAUAGAAAAUACUAACAAUCCUAUUUGAAAGAAAUCAUGGAGAUUUGAUUGUGUCUAGCUCUAAGCGUGAGAGACGUGUUAGAGAUCACACAUUGACUAGAGAUGUGAUUAAAAUAGUAUAACUUCAAAAUAGAGUUAGACCUCCCUCAGAUUUUAAAAAGAAUUCCAAAAGCUAGCUCAAAAGUUUAGGGUGAUGUUCAUUAUACCUACUUGUUUAGCCAUACAUGUCUAUUGGGACGUCAACAUAUAGUAAAUGAUAUGAAAUUUCCAAAUGGGAACAAUGCUUAUGGAUUUCUUUGGAAGAGCCCUUCUCUUCCUCACUCUGACCUUCACAUUGAACUUCACAAGCCUUCAGUGUUUAAAGCCUGGCGAUGACACAUUAAUGCAAAGAGAUUACUUGGGACUAGGAACACUCACCUCGGCUUCUCAGUUCUACAGCCUAAGGUUCACCAGAAUGGCACAUGAUCAUAAUAGUGGAAGAGUGUACCUAGGAAUAACAAGCAGCGCAGGGUGGUUUCUCUGGCUUGCCAACCAGAACACCCCACUUCUUAAAGGACAAGCAAAACUUGUUAUUGAUGAUUACGGUAGCUUGAAAAUCAUGUACCACAAUGACAAGGAGGCCAUUGUUUUAUACUCAAGCCAAGCUGAACAAAAGAUCAAUGCCAGUGCCACUCUGCUCAACACAGGCAACUUUGUACUGCAUCAAAUGAAUACAGAUGGAACUGUGAAACAGGUUUUGUGGCAAAGUUAUGAUCACCGAAAUUACAUCAUGGUUCCAGGAAUGAGGGUGGGAUUCAACAAGCUAACAGGGCAGAAUUGGACCCUGACAUCUUGGACAAGCGAAAACACACCAGCUACUGGUUCCUUCACUCUUGGUGUGGACCCAAACAGCAAAGAGCAAUUGGUCAUAUGGUGGAAUGGUACACUCUAUUGGACUAGUGGACCAUUUUCUGAUGGAAGUUUCAGCAAUUUGAAUGCAACAUCAGGGAGAAAUAUCAACACCUAUUUCACCUAUGUUUCAAACGAAAAUGAAACAUAUUUCAGUUUUAAUUCCACAUCAUCACCCUCGCCUUAUUUAGAUUACAUUGGUUUGAAUCCAUUUGGUCAACUAUAUGGCAGAGUCUCUGUCUCUUGCAGGAGUGCACGUGUUAGAGGUUGCGUGGCUCAAAGCUUCCCAACCUGCAGAAACCAAGGUGCUUAUUUAUCCAUCACCAACCCUCAGUCUGGUAACAUGUCACCACCAAAAGGGUACAAGAACAAGGAGUAUGAUAAGCUUUCUCUUCAUGAUUGUGGAGUCAAGUGCUUGAAUAAUUGCUCUUGUUUUGCCUUCUCUCACACAAACGAUGACAACUCUGGCUGCCAGAUAUGGAGUAGAGGGAGCAAAUUUGCUUCAUCUAAUUAUGGGCGACCAAUUUAUUUCAUCCCUGGAAAUAUCACUACCAAUGGCGGAAAAUCUAAGGCCAACAUGAGGAAGUUAUGGAUAGAAAGUGUGAUUGGCGGAGCUCUAUUGAUACCCGUAUCUGCUAUUGUGUUCUAUGUAUUGUGGUUGUGGAGGAAACACAUAAUAGAAGCAAAGCAAAAAUGGAAGCGAAAGAAGAUGUUAUAUGAUAUUGGAGGGAUUGCAACACCUUCCCAAUCCCCAGUAUACAGCAAACGCAAAAGAAGUAAGAAAAUUCAUACCACAAAGUAUGGGAUGCACAUGUUCAGCUUUGAAAGCAUUGAAUCAGCUACUGACAAUUUCUCUUCAGCAAAUAAGCUGGGUGAGGGUGGCUUUGGACCUGUCUAUAAGGGACAAUUACUUGAUGGGCGAGAAAUAGCAAUAAAAAGACUUUCUACAAGCUCAUGGCAGGGGUUAACAGAGUUUAAAAAUGAGGUUAAAUUAAUUGCCAAACUCCAACAUACUAACUUAGUCAAGCUUCAUGGUUUUUGCAUUGAACGAGAGGAAAGGAUGUUGAUCUAUGAAUAUAUGCCCAACAAAAGUUUGGACUUUUACCUUUUUGAUUCCAAAAAUAAGAUUUUGUUGGAUUGGAAGAGACGAUUGGGCAUCAUACAAGGAAUAACACGAGGGAUUGUUUAUCUCCAUACAUAUUCAAGACUAACAGUAAUUCACAGAGACUUAAAACCUAGUAAUAUUUUACUUGAUUCUGACAUGAAUCCAAAGAUAUCUGAUUUUGGUUUGGCAAGAAUAUUUGGAUUGAAAGAAUCCAAACAAAAUACAAAUCGAGUUGUUGGAACUUAUGGCUAUAUGUCUCCUGAAUAUGCUUUAAAUGGCAUUGUCUCACCUAAAAUUGAUGUUUUUAGUUUUGGGGUAAUGGUGCUUGAGAUAAUUAGUGGAAAGAAGAAUGCUAGUAUUUAUGCUUCAGAUUAUCCACACAGUCUUCUAGGACGUGCUUGGGAAUUGUGGAAUACUGGUAAAGCUUUAGAAUUAAUAGACCCUAUAUUAAAUGGGUCAUGUGAUGUCAAUGAAGUUUUGAGAUGCAUUCAUAUAAGCCUUUUGUGUGUGCAAGAUCAAGCUGAAGACAGACCAACUAUGUCAGAUGUGGUAUUUUUCCUAUCAGGUGAGGCUAUUCAGCUUGCGAGACCGAAACAACUAGCACUCUUUCCCCAUAAGAAGAAUAAGUCUAUAUGUCCUAUCAUUGAUCAAAAUGUUCACUCUAUAAAUAGUGUAACAAUUUCAACAUUGAGUGCUAGAUAAAGGUUCAGAGAUCUUUCAGAUGAUAGCCACACUGUUUCCGCCACUUCGAGCCAUGUGUGGUGAGAAACACUAUUGGAUUAUAUUUAGAAAGUGGUCCAAGAACAAAGAAUUGUUUGAUAAAUUUGAGGAGAAUGAAGGAUUGAUGGUUGUGCCAUGGAUGAAUAACUACCUUAAAAGCCAGAAUUCCGGCAGACCAAUAGUGCAAUCUAAUCCGCUAGGUUAACAGAGCCGCCACUCCUGAACUCAUGAUUCAUGGAAUUUGGAUAUCAUCACAAUGUGGUUGGGGAAUCCUAAGCUGGCUCGCAGAAAGAAAAUAUUUAAAAGGACAACCUGCUUCCUGCUUAUAUGAAGCUUCCACCAUGGCAGGGUCUAGGAAAAGCCCUCACAACAGGUCUAGAAAGAAAAUAUUCAAUUCCUUAAAAGAUAGAUUCAUAUAAGGAAUGACAGAUAAAGUAUCUCAGAGAGGGAGAAGAGAGGGAAUAGGGACAGAGAAGAGAGAACAAAGGGAUAGAAGGGGUUUCAUUAUCUCAACAAUAUGCAACAUAUCUCAAUUACAAGGCCAAUCCCUAUUUAUAUGCGUAACAUCUGCCAUACUGGUGAAAAGACAGUACUAAACCCGCUUUAUAGAUGGUAUAUCAUGGACUGCUCAUAUUUUACAGUGACAAUAUGAUCAGGAAGAGCUCAUUUAUGCCACAUUUGAAUGAUGUAGGAUUUAUUUUCUUGCUGUUCAAGCCUUGUUUUAUCUAUUAUUUUCCCUUAAAAAGCUCCAAAAUGACAAGAUUGUCGUUUUGUCUAAGUUAUGCUUCUAUCCCAUUGAAUUCAAAUUUGUGCCUCGCU